UGUGGGUCUUCGCUGAUUCACCGCACCUCUUGAAGCUGGUGAGGACACAUGUGCUUGGCAAGGGCCUAGAGCUCCCCGACGGCACUGUCCUCGAUGCCGGCUUCUUUGAGGAGGUUUGGAGGAUCGACAACGCCGGAGCCGGGGUCCCUCCGAACAGCUCCGGCCGGGACGCAUCCACGAGUACCGGGAGCACUCAACGCGACUCAUCGGUGCCAUCGAGACCCUCUGCUCUGGCCAGUGAUGGGCAGUUGAGGCUGUGCCCACGGCUGGGUCGUGGCCACAUUGACGCCCGCGGUCAGACCAGCCAGAGAGUGUACCUCGCGGUCCAGCUACUCUCCGAGAGCGUGGCUGCAGCGGCCGAACUCUACCUCCCUCACCGAGCCAGUGAGGCACGAGCGGUGCGCAUCUGCGAUCGAUGGUUUGAUGUCCUGAACAGCCGGUGUAAAUCUGACGUCAAGGCCGAGCGGUGUGCCUUUGGCGUUCAGCCUGCCAUCGAAGAGCAGCAGCGUGAUGCUCUUCACAGCAUGGAGGCUCUCAUGCGAGGCACGGUGAAAGUGGGACAGCACCGCGACGACGCACAGCCAAGGAAGAAGUCGCGCAGACCGAGCUCCAAGCUGCCAUUCCAAGACGGAAUCAUCCGGAACUGCCGCUCCCUGCCAGGCCUGCUGUCAGACGUCCGUGACCUUGGAGUGACGUACCUGAAAACGGCGCGGGUAAACCAGGACCUGGUGGAGAACUGCUUUUCACAGCUUCGCGCCAUGUCCGGCGCUAACACCCACCCCAACGCCGUGGAGAUGCAGACGCGCCUACGGUACCUGAUGAUGGCGCCGCAGCCUCUCAUCGCGGUGAGGACGGGCUCUGCGAGCAGCACGCCCGUCCAAAUGGAACAGCCGGACCGCCAGCGGGCUCAGUUCCUCACUGGGCAGACCCUGAACCUCGGCCCCUCUGCCCAGGAGAGGCCGACGGCAACGCAGCCUGGGGACACCGCGCCAUUCCUAUCGAACGAGGCAAUGGCUGCCCUGGGUGCGCCUCAAGAGGAAGUGGUCCACGCCGUCGAUGAUCUGGAGAUUGUUUUUGAGGAUCUCGAGUCGCUUCCCUGCGACCCGAUGGACGACCAGGCCUCCAAGGAUCCUGGCAUCCCCGGAGAGCCACUGGAGGAGGCGCUGUCCUUCGUGGCGGGCUACGUGGCUGCCAAGUGCCACCGUUUCGACCCCACCCUGGGCAGUAAAACUUCUGUGGCGCCAGUGUCCACUGGGUCUCAGCCAGCUGCCUGGAUUCGAACUCUGAGCCGCGGAAACCUCACCAUCCCCAGCGAGACUUGGUAUGCCACCGCUCGGCAGCUGGAGAAGAUGUUCCUGGAGGAAAUGGGAGAUCGGUACUCCAGCAGGAACGGACUGAAGUCCUACCUGACAGCCUGUGUGGAGGCCUGCUCUCCCGGACUGCACAGGCGCGUGGCACAGAAGUAUGUGAGCACUCGUAUGUGGCUGCGCAUCCGGUGGCUCAAUGAGGGGAAGAAAGCUGAGGCGGUGCUGCGUCGUGCUGCAAGGCAGCUCCGGCAGCAUGCCAGCUCCACCCUGUAGAAUGUAGAUCAAUGAGCGAGCCUCGCGCAAUGGGUGAUUGGCGAACAGACAGUGGUGGUGAUCGC